UUAGACUGAUCUUCAGACCCAGAGGUGGAUCUUUUGUGUUGGAGCCUUCUGUCGGUGCGCCCACACGCACGCGCGCACACGCACGCCCUCGAGGUGCGUCCAGCCUCUGAUCUGGGGACAGUUUGAAAGCGGCCAACACAAUGCAGCACAUGUCUUCUCCGGUCAGAUUCCGCAACAAUAAGAAAGCUGCAACUUUCUCAGAAAAGCAGCUGUCCAGCUUGUCCAUAGAGGACCAGGAAGACAUACAGUUUCCCUUUGCGAUGAGAGAUCUGCCCCCUGUCUCUCAUUCGGCGGGGCAGCUUCACAUGACAGACCACCAAAUGGCAGAGGAACCAUCAAGUGAGAGAUUCUCUGGCUUCCCCUCAAAUCCCCCUCUUCCCCGUCCCAUCCCGUGCCUGCCGUGCUCUCCGAAGGUUCCUCCCAGAGCCAAACCUGCUGGACUGAACUCACAGAUCCCACCUUUACCCAUGAGGAGUCCGGUCGUGUCUCAGGUGUCUGUGGACUCUCCACUCAGCCCGGCCUCACGACCACGCAGCCCCUGGGGACGCUUUGACCCCUACGACUCUCCAGAGGAUCAGGAUAAGGAGUAUGUGGGUUUCGCCACGUUACCCAAUCAGGUUCACAGGAAAACAGUGAAGAAAGGUUUUACGUUCACACUCAUGGUGGCUGGGGAGUCUGGCCUCGGCAAAUCCACAUUAAUCAACAGUUUGUUUCUCACUGACCUCUACAAAGACAGAAAAGUUCCCAAUGCAGAAGAACGGAUCAGCCAAACGGUUGACAUCAUCAGACACACGGUGAGCAUCGAGGAGAAAGGAAUCAAACUGAAGCUGUCCAUCAUCGACACUCCGGGGUUUGGUGAUGCCAUCAACAACACGGAGAGCUGGAAGUACGUGGAGGACUACAUCGACCAGCAGUUUGAGCAGUACUUCCGGGAUGAGAGCGGGCUGAACCGAAAGAACAUCCAAGACAACAGAGUCCACUGCCUUCUCUAUUUCGUCUCUCCAUUUGGCCACGGCCUCCGUCCUCUAGAUGUGGAGUGCAUGAGGGCCCUGCACGAGAAGGUCAACAUAAUUCCUCUUUUGGCCAAAGCGGACAGCCUGACACACACCGAGCUGCGCAGAAAAAAAAUGAAGAUCAGAGAGGAGAUUAAAGAGUUCGGGAUAAACAUCUACCAGUUUCCAGAGUGCGACUCAGACGAGGACGAAGAUCUGAAAACACAGGAGCAGAUUCUCCAGGACAGCAUACCGUUUGCUGUGAUUGGGAGCAACAUACAAGUGGAGAGUAAAGGCCGCAAGUUCAGGGGUCGUUCCUAUCCAUGGGGAGUGGUGGAAGUGGAGAAUCCGGCUCAUUCGGAUUUCCUGCUGCUGAGGAACAUGUUGGUGAGGACUCACAUGCAAGACCUGAAAGACGUAACCAGAGAGAUGCACUACGAAAACUACAGGGCCCAGUGCAUCCAGAACAUGACGCUCAUGAUGGUGCAGGAGAAGAAACGCAGUUUGCAUGAGAGGUUUCAAGCAGGGAGGGAGGCAGAUUUCCCCUUGCCGCUGGCAGCCACCGACACCGAGAAGGAGAGGCAGAUCAUUGAGAAAGACGAGGAGCUAAGGAGGAUGCAAGAGGUGCUGGACAGGAUUCAGGAGCAGAUGCAACACAGCCAGAGAGGCGGCUAUUGAUUCCCACGGAUGGCAACCAGAAAAAAAAAAGUGUCUGGAAUUAACCCCUUUAACAACUGAGGUGUCGUCUGUGACGCUUAAACACAAAAUCUUUAAUAUAUUGUAACUUUUCAACUAUAAACACGAUAAAUCCAGCAGAUUCUGAAGGAGAAAAAAUACAGUAAAUCACAGCAUAAACACUGGAGUUUGGGAGUUAAAGGGUUAAAUUUUUUUUGUGGAAACUGUUUCAAGUAAAAUUUAGCAUCAUUAUUCCAUGCCGUGCAAAUUCCUUCCCAGCAUGCAUCCAGAGGAAACUGAUCUGAAUGUUGAUACAGACUAAUUUGCCCCAUGAGGGCUAGUAUGUACCCUUUUAUUGCGUUUGCUGCCAUCUAGUGGUUGAUAUUUUAAAUACAUGUAAUUUUUUUUUUUGAUGACUUUGUUUUGUAUCUUACAUUUCCUGUUUUCCAAAAUAAAAGCAAAAAGGAGGUUAAAAAUGAAAGUCAUGACCAAAAGUGCUGUAAAUGUAAUAAGAUUUAUUAAGAAUCUUCAUUAUUCCAUCAGCAUAAUGCUCCAUCAUCAUCAUUGUUAUCUUGAACAGUGGACAGUUAGAUCUAAAAGGCAGCCCAAAGAGUACAGGCGAUAUAUAACUUAAAACUUUCUCCAUAGGGAAAACAUAUUUUUAUAUUCAUAUAUAAUAUCAAUGUAGCAUGAGGUCCAGGAUUCUGCCCACAUUAUACAGUAUUGUACAUGGUCCCAAAAACAACCAUAAAAAAAA